AUGAGCUCGUCCCCUAAAUUCAGUACUCACGGCAACUGGAGAGUCGUCUACAGUGACCAGGACGAAAAGGAUGAAUGGGUGGCGGAUGGUAGAAAGACACUUGCCGAUACUCUGUCAAUACCAAAGUCCAUGUGCAUUUUGUCCGACUCCAAGACCGAAAUACCUACGGUGACGGAGGUCGAUCCACCAAGACUGAAGCUUCCCCAACUCGGAAGUGACACCGUCGAGAGAGUGUUUCCGGUGCGCUCGGUCCUUUCUUUUGAUUCGACGCCUUCUUCGGCUCUUCAGACACCAUCCAUCGAGAAAUUGGAAAGUCCAAUCUCUCCAUUUUCGGAGGGAUCUCGAGCAAGUGCAUCGCUGGAUGAGAAACUCAAGAGUCAGUAUUCAGAACAACCUGAAGAAGCCGAGAGUUGGACACGCGGACCUAAGAGGCCGAAUCAUCUCUCCCAACUGCGAGAUCAGAAGCACGAGCUUGGAGAAUCAUCAACAUCGACAUUGACCCUACCUAUACGCGAUGAUAAUCGCUUUUCAAAAGGGACACAGUUCGGUGACCCCAAUGAAACAACCCAUGACGGAAGCUCCGAGUCUCAGUUAAACGCGAAUGUCAACACGCGUCUAAAAGAUUUGAUUCAUGAAGGUGGGACCAUUCUGAAAACAAAGAAGAUAGAGAAAGGUAUCGAAUAUCCGAGGGCUGAGGAUCAUGAUGAUGAUGAUGAUGUAUCCAUCAGAAUUCAAAGGUUCGGGGUCAUACUUGUCAUCUUUCAACUCGAAGGCAACCUCACCAUCCAAGCUGCGAGCAACAACUCGAGAGAUAUUAUCGGCUAUUCACCCGAUGAGCUAUUCGAAGUACCCUCAAUAUAUGAUAUACUGUCAGGACCCCAUCAUCAAGCCUUUUCUUCUCAUGCAGAAACUGUCCUGGAUGAUUAUUAUGACGUGGAGAUUUCCGGGCCCGAGGUUUUCCUACUCUUCAUAAGAGCUCCAGAAAGUGAUGGGAAACGAUUUUGGUGCACAAUGCAUACCAGCAAAGUCUACAAAGAUUAUAUUAUUUGCGAGCUUGAGGCAGAGAAGCCUGAUUACUCCAAUGUCGAAUAUAAUCCUCUCGAGGGAGGCGAGAAUACAUACCACCCAUGUGAGCCGAAUUUGGCCGAAGAGCCCUGGUUUGCGUCUCCUUCCAGACAGGGAAAACAGGAUAGUACGACUUCGGAUACAAACGCUCUCGACCUGGAUGCUGUGAACAGAUUAACCCCCGUGAUUCACCGCAUUUCGAGCUCUCAAACGAUGGAUGCGUUGAUCGACCAUGUCGUAUCAGGUUUGAUGCAAUUACUUCAAGUCCAUCGCGUUACGAUGUAUCAUUUUGAUGGAAACCACAACGGUAUCGUGAUGGCAGAUUCGGUGGAUCCAUCCCUUGACAUCAAGUCUUUCGCAGGAGCAAUCUUCGACGAAGGCACCUUCACCGAAGAUGCUAAAACACAACAUCUUCGGAACAGCGUAUGCCUUUCGUACAGUUUCCACGAGGAUGAGGCAGAGUUGGCUUACAUAUCGUCGACAACCAAAAUGGGACUCGACCUUUCUCAUUGUUACUUGACAACAAAUCCUAAAGGCGUCUCACAGAAGAAUAGCCCAUCAAUAAGUGUCUACAUGUCAAUUGGGAUAUACGCCUUUGGAAAGCUGUGGGGAUUGGUAUGUUGUCAAUCAUACGACGAGAAAUUCAGGCUCCAUCCACUUCUCCAGAGAGCAUCGUGGCUCAUGGGUCAGACUAUCUCAAGCAACAUUGAGCGACUUUCCUAUACGUUGCCCUUUCAACUGAGUGAUAAAAGCACCAACUCAACGAAUUCAGACUCAAUAGGAAAAAGUGAACUAUCGAGCGACCUUCUUAUUCACUUCGGAGCCGACUAUGCCGCAGUAUCCAUCCUGGGCGAGACUAAGAUCCUGGGGAAGCCACCAGAUUCGCAGGAAGUUCUGGUCUUGCUUGAAUACAUGAGGGCAAAAGGUUUACGUACCGUUAUCUGGUCAACAGAUAUUCUGUCUGAUUUCGAUGAUCUGGAAUACGCGCCAGGAUUUCACCAUCUUGCAGGGCUCUUUUACAUACCUCUCUCGCCUGAGGGGCAUGACUUUAUCGUCUUCUUUCGAAGUGAAAACCAGUCAUUCCACGACAAAAGGAGGUUGGAACGCAACAGCAAGCAACUCGGAACUCACCAAGAAGAGUGGUCCGCAGGAGAAUUUGGCAAAGCCUCCAUCUUAGCCAUGAUGUACCGCACAUUCACGAAUAUUUGGCAAGAAAAGGAGGCUGCAAUGCAAAAUGAUCAGCUAUUGAAGCUUCUCCUCGCCAACUCAGCGCAUGAAUUCAGAACCCCUUUGAAUGCAAUCAUCAAUUAUCUAGAGAUUGCUCUAGACGGAAAUCUCAGCCAAGAAACGCGAGAGAGUCUCUCCAGAUCACACUCCGCGUCCAAGUCUCUCGUUUACAUCAUCAACGACCUUCUGGAUCUCACGAAUGCAGAGAAUGGACAGAAUCUGAUAAAAGACGAGGUUUUCAGUCUUUCGGAAACUCUCUGCGAGGCGACCGAUAUUUUCUGGGAAGAGGCCAGACAGAAACAAGUCGAUCUGCAGGUCGUUCAGCAUUCAGCCUUACCCCCAGUGCUAGGUGACCAGCGUCGGGUCCGACAAGUCAUCACUAACCUAAUCAGCAAUGCCGUUCAACAUACCUCAGUUGGCGCAGUGACAAUCGAGUCGUGUUUACUUUCGGAUCCCUGCUGCGAACCAGGUCACAUUGUUAUAGAAGUCGCAAUUCAUGACACCGGCUCCGGAAUGCCACAGGAAACCGUGGAGACUCUGUUCUGCCAACUCGAGCAGGUUUCUAACAAAGGCGACAUGCAGAGUUCCGCUUCAGGUGGGGAAGCCUCAGGUGCUGCUCCAUUGGGAAAGGAGAGUGUUCUUGGGCUGGGACUGGCGUUGGUGGCACGAAUUGUGCGCAACAUGAAUGGACAGCUCAGUUUAAAGUCGGAGGAAGGCAGUGGGAGCUGCUUCAAAAUACGACUCAGGUUUCCGUUGCCAGAGAACGAAGAUGCUUUUCAGUUAUCAGACGGGAAGUCCGAUGAGAGACAAGAGAAGUCAGCGUUCUGGGACAACAGGCAACCACGAAAUGAGCAGGACGAAGAGGUCGAAGGAAAUGGAGAUCCAUUAUCAUGUUGUUGCGGCGAUGAUGCGUCAAAUAUAGAGGAGCUAGGACAGCAGAACGGCUCACUUGUUGAUGUUGACAUCGCCUUGAAGUGUGGAGAGUCAAGAAGCAUUGCACUUUCGUCCUCGAAGCAAUCCACCAUCGAGUCUACAGCCGGCCCGCAUCCAGCUUCUAACGCAGAUUCGAAAACAGCGAGACCGAAUAUCCUAGUUGCAGAGGAUGAUCCCAUAAACAGCACCAUAGUACGAAAACGUCUUGAGAAAUUUGGAUACUCUGUCCGAAUGACGGGAAAUGGCAAAGAGUGCGCUUCUGUUCUUCAAGAGAACAUUAACGCAUUCGAUGCAGUGCUGAUGGAUCUGCAAAUGCCUAUCGUUGACGGCUCGAGUGCUACCAAGAUGAUUCGCGAGCAUGAGUUCGAGUUAUCAUCAGCGCAUUCGACCUUGGCCUAUGGCCAUGGCCGUGUCCCUAUUUUCGCCGUCUCAGCUUCACUGGUGGAACGAGACCGGCAGGAUUAUAUUGACAGCGGCUUUGACGGAUGGAUCAUGAAGCCGAUUGAUUUCCAAAGGGUCCAUGUUCUUUUGAACGGAGUUUCCAAUCUCGAAGCGAGGAACAGUUGUGUCUACCGACUUGGAAUGUGGGAACAAGGUGGAUGGUUUGAAAGAUAUGAUGCAGACGAGCUUACUGAGAAGAAAUGA